AUGGAGUCAACAUUUUCUUGUUGCGCUUACUGCUGGAAACAUGAGGAAUCCUGGGAGCAGUUAUUGUAUUUCAAGUGUCAGCGAUGCAACAAACAUGUGCAUUAUGAUUGUAUAAAAAGUUUGCAGCCCUCACCUCUCCUUGCUGAUACAUUUUUCAGAGAACCUCUUUGUUAUGGUAUGUGUCAUGUAUUGAUAGAUGUGAGAACCUCUGAUGGAGGGAAGGAGGAGUUUGUGAGAACCUCUAUGUUCUGGCAUGAUGUGGUGAUGCUUGCACUCUACAACCUUCACAAGACUGGCCAGGGAAGAUGUGGCUACUUUCACUAUAAGGCACACAUAGGUGCUUUCAUUGACCAGCACUGGAAUACCUUGUUUGGAUUUCCCAGAAAGAAGACAUCCGAGUGGAUGGGAACUCUGGCUGGAGCACUUUCUACUGGUUGCCCCCAGUACUUUCUGUCGGGAACACAUGUUGGUCAGAAAGGACACUGGCGAUUGGCUGAAAUCAAACCUCCAACUCCACACACACAGAAAAAGAAGCCAACCCAGAGAAAAAAGACGGCAGAAGCUCCUGUAGAACUGUAUCCCGAUCAGCGCAGGUGUAGGCAGUCUGCUGAGAGUUCCCUGGCAGCUGCGGUAGAGCUCAAGGAGAAGAGGUCCAGCUUGCAGAGACAAGUGAAAACAAAAGCCAAGAAAUCUGGACAGAAGAAUGUGUCGCUGAAAGAGCAGAGCCCAUCCAACAACCUAUUUCAGACUUUUCCAUUGGAACUCAGUGAGGAGUUGUAUCUAUCAGACAGCCAGUUCAGCAUUGCAUCUUCUGACCUCUCUCUGACUACAGAUGGCUCAUAUUCCUCGUCGUUGAAGAGUUCAGUCAGGGAGGAUGAUAUGACUGCUCACUUUGAGAAAGCCGGCCACUUCAUGAUGAUGGGGAACAGUGACGAUGAAGAUGACCUUGACAUAGAACUGGUGGUAACCGACAAGUCUCUGGACCCUCGUCCCAUGUCUCCAGGAGUUGAUAUCAUGCUGACAACUGACACAGAACAAUUGGGUUUUGGGAUAUCUGGCAAAUCUCCCGUCUCCAGACACAAAAACCCUCCAGUGGAAGUGAAACAAGAGGCCACGGCAAGCAAUGAAUAUGGGUGUUUUAGUGAACAAAAUAUUCAUGAUGAACUUUACAGUUACAAUGAUGAUAGGCAAGGGAAGAGGACACAACAGGGGUCAAGUGAAGAGGAGGAGGGAACAGAAGUAGAAGAAAUGAAGAGGGAAGAAGAGGAUGCUUCUCGUUCACAGGCUGCUACCAGUGGGACCAGGCAGUAUAGUAGACCCUAUAAAAGAAGAAAACCUGAUGACACUCCACCACCGACUCCACCCCAACAAUUGAAGCGAAUCAGCCUGUUUGAAGAAGGUGAACUCCUGAUGAAACUGAACAACACAGCAGCCAGGCAGCCCUUGCCAGCCAACCUGGCACAGUUCAGGAGGAAGCUGAUAUGUAACCAGACUAAUCGAGAGUUUGGCCUUCCUGUGUUUGACCUGGAAAAUCACAUGGACAAACUGGCCAAAUUGGAGACGACUACUUCUGACAUGCCACAGCAGACGUGCCUGCAGUAUAAACCUAGCAGAUGUGCCGACACCAAGGAGACCAGAGAUCUGGACAGGUUUAUGAUACAUGACAAGAAGAAGAAGAUUGAAUCUCGCCGCUAUACAAGUUUCCACCAGAGACUGGUCGGUAUCAGGGACGAGGAGCUGACGCCAGUCGUCAGUCCAUACACGACCAGAAUUCUUCUUCCCUUCAUAUGGAGAAACUUGAACCCAUCUCACAAGCCACCGAAGAUGAGAUUGCUUGAGGAAAUUACAUUUGACUACUGUUAUAUCAGACCGGAACAUGUAUAUGUCAACGUGUGUGUAUUCUUCUGGCCACAGGAAUUAUCGGAGUGCUUACAGUAUCCAGAUUUUAGCUGUGUUGUCAUGUACAGGAAAAUCGUCAUAGCUUUUGCUUUCAUGGUGCCAGACCGAGGCUACAAUGAGGCAUACAUUUCAUUUAUCUUCACCCACCCAGAAUGGAGAGGGGCUGGCAUAGCAACGUUCAUGUUGUAUCACUUGAUUCAGACUUGUAUGGGCAAAGAUGUACUGCUGCAUGUGUCAGUAACCAACCCCGCCAUGUUGUUAUAUCAAAAAUUUGGAUUCAAGUGCCAGGAACUAAUACUUAACUUUUAUUAUAAAUAUUUCCCUCUCCACUGUAAAGAGUCUACUCAUGCGUUUCUCAUGAGACUGUCUCGGUGA